AUGUCUCUAAAGUUAUUAGUUACAUCUGGGUUACUUUGUCUAAUACUUCAAAAAGUAGUGCCGCGAAUAAUUAAACCAACUAUACUAACUCCAUCAAUUCCAGUAUCUAUUAACGAAAGGAAAAUCAUAUUUUUGACCAAUAAUGGAAAUACAAAUAUACCAAAUGCAGGACUGAUAAAAAAUAAGUUAAGCACUGGUGUAGUUACAAAUUUUGGACAAAGGCUACAUCGGAUAAAUAUUUUAAACUUAGCUAAUCCGAUUUUUCAAGUGCCUCAUAAUAUAUUUUUAACCAUUUUUCGGCCUUAUCAAAAUUUUAAACCUAGUGAGGUUGUACCAUCGUCUGUUUUUCUGAUCCACCCAAUUGAUGAAGAAAAGCCAGCCGUAGUAAUUAACCUUAGUAGCACAGAACCAACUACGAAUACUAAUGAAGAAGAAUUUGAAUCUACUAGCUCACUACCAGAGGUUCAAGCAACAACAGACAACGAAGACGAUCGACACGAACGAAACGAAGACGACGACAAUGACUAUGAUAUUAACAUUCGAAAGGAUUUGUCU